GUUUCCUCUUUUAAAUUCGUGUUUCGGCCGGAACCGAAUCAACGAAAUUCAUACAGGAAGAAAACACUUCAAGUAUAACAGCUAAAGUAAAUAAAAAAAGUCUCUAUUUCGUUUGACAGCACAGGAAAGGCUAAACAUUUCGGUAACUUAGGCGACGGAAGCUUCCGUCAAUCAUGAAAGAAAUAGCUAAAAGCAAGGCGGUGACAUCAGGAAGGCUGACAGGAAGAGCCAAAGUGCAGCCGGCCAGGAGACGAGCGAUUCGAAAUCCAGGACCAGCACUCUGCCCUGAACCAGCCUACUCUCUGUACUCAACAGACUCUGAAGACCAGGUCACUUCUCUCCACAAGGGUCUGGACCAGUGUGCUGCCUUGCUCAGUGGUAUCCUUCAGGUGGCUGGGAAAGCAGAAGCCCUGCCAGGUCUUCCCAGAGAAGUGAAGAGUACAGCAGCCAAAUCAAGAAAAUCUGCUUCACCGACGAAGAAGACCAUCAAGAAACUUUAUACACAGACAGAACAGAAGAGUGGUCGGUCAGUCCAGCGUGGACCAGGCAGCACAGCUCCAAUUAGACAUCAGUCUACUGCUCCACCUGCACACUCAGGAGUGAGGCUCCACCCCCCACAGAAACAACUCCAAACCCUGCUGCAAUCUCCUUCACACUGCCAAACACUACCCAUCCCAUCCACCCCGAAACCCCACCCUCAGACCUCCAUCCCUCCAACCCUCACCACCACCUCUCCACCCCAGACCACUGUCCCUCCGCCCCAGAUUAACUGCCAGUCUGCCUGUAAAGCUCUUCACACACACUGCAACACAGAAUGGGAUAGAAAAGAGGAGGACUUCGUUCCUGUCAGAGACGUCAGUGCCCAAAGCACUGCCACAGACACACACACAGCUGUCGGACACACGCACUCACACAUACACACCUGUACCUUCAAGAUGUCAGACAUGCAGUUGGGGCCUGGGGAGGCUGAUAAAGUUCCUCAGGACACAGACAGCAGAGAAGACUACAGUGCAGAGAAAGAAGGGACAUUGAAGACAGUUCAGUAUCUGCUGGGAGAACUCAAGACUCUGAUCGCUGGUCAAGGUAGUGUAGCAAAGAUGCUGCUCAGCCAUCUAGAACAGACUGUGUCCUCACCUCUGAAUGCUGGUGGUUCAAACAUCCAGACUGAACCACACCUGUCAUCACUGCACAGCCAGAACACUCAGCUCUGGAGGAUUCAAAACCAGCAGUUGAAGGAGGAGAAAGCACAGAGACAACAGAACAUGGAGACACCCUGUAACUCAGAAGCGUUGGCUCUGCAGGAGGAGCUCAAUACAGCUCGACUGCAACUGCAGGAGCUCCGGGAUGAACUCGCAGAACUACAAGAAGCACUUCAGGACACACAGAGCCAGCUGAGAGACAGAGAAGCAAAGAAUACACUCAUCAAGUCAGACUUGGAUGCCACUAGAAGCAGGUUGCUGGACAGUGAGAGAGAGAAGAGUGAGUUAGCCUCACUUGCCCGGCAAAGACUUGAAGAAAUAGAACAUCUUAACAGGGCUCUUCAGAGGCAGAAUUCAUCAGAUUUUACUACCGCUGUUGACAGCUCAGUGUCAGAUACUCUAACAAAACAACAUUUUGAGCAACACCAGCACGGACUGAAUCCCGCAGAGCCCCCCGCUGACCGGAUCACCCAAUACGUGAUGUCUCUCGGUCAGCUGGAGCCCACGUACGCCAGGCAUCUGUGCGUGGCCGCCGAGGGAGAAAGAAACACGCUAGAGCAAAAUAAACUGACCUCAGUCCAGCUGAGAGACGCAUUAUCACAUUCUAAUGCCAGAGCUCAGCAAGUUGACAAACUUUCAGAGACUUCAGCCCUUCACCAAAACACUCAUCCAACUCUCAACCAGUCACAUUGUUUAGAUAAAGUCCAGUCAUGUGGGCGAUGGUUGCACAAGGAGCUUGACCAACUGCCGAACUCCAAACAGUCCCAGUGUGAUGUGGAAUCUGUGUGUUCCGAUUGGAGCAUGAGGUCAGGGUCGACCUUUGACACCAGAGAUGAGGCGGUGUUCAGAGAUGGCCUGUCAGCUCUGGAUGCUAGCAUAGCCAGUUUACAGAAGAGUAUCCAACUAGAUCUGUGGAAGUGAAACUUAUCACUUAUAUGAGCAAAGAUAAACAACAUAAUGUAGGGUCUCUAGCCUGUUGCUGCAUUUUGUCUUGAUGAUUUUAAUUUAUAGUGCUAUUUCAGUUUUGUAAAUAAAGCAUUUUUUAAACUUUA